UUGCUCUGAAGAGAGACUUGCUAUAACCCUCAGGUACUGUAGCACUUGUGACUGCAGUGACGCUCUCACAGAACUUUUCAACUACUUUCUAAUUGUACACAGGUACCUAUCCUCGGGAAUGGCAAUCAAGCAGAUAGCACUCACAUUUCGAGUUGCGCCAGCAACAUGUCGGCUUGUGAUUCACAAUGCCUGCAGAGUGAUCUGGAAGCACUUGGAGCCGCUCUACCUGCCUGAGCCAGGGCCUGUGCAAUGGGAGGAAUCUGCACAAGAAUUCAGCAGGCGUUGGAACUUUCCUCAUUGUGUAGGAGCAGUAGACGGAAAGCACGUCCAGAUUAUUGCACCACCAAAUUCUGGAAGCAGCUUUUUCAACUAUAAGGGGACGUUCUCCAUUGUUUUGACGGCCAUCGUGGAUGCAAAGUACAAGUUCAUGAUGGUAGAUGUCGGUGCACCAGGCCGACACAGUGACGGCGGAGUCUUCAAAUCGUGCACAUUUGGGAAAAAGCUAAACGAUGGCGUCGUGGCCCUACCAGCAGCAGCACGCCUUCCAAAAAGCCAGAAGGUUGCGCCGCAUGUUUUCGUCGGGGACGAAGCAUUCCAAUUGAGGACAGAUUUUUUGCGUCCAUUCCCGGGCAAAGGCAUGCUGCCAAUCCAGAGGGUAUUCAACUACCGGCUGAGCAGAGCAAGGCGCAUCGUGGAAAAUGCCUUUGGCAUUUUGACAGCUCGUUGGAGAAUCUUGCUUGGGCCCAUGAACCUUCUACCUAAAAAUGCAACCUUUGCUGUCCUGGCUUGCUGCGCUCUCCAUAACUUCAUCUCUUCUGCCCGGGAAACAACCUACUGUCCACCAGGCUAUGUGGAUUCCGAGGAUGAUUAUGGGAAUAUCGUCCCAGGCCAGUGAAGUGAUGCUGUGUCAAGUAGCCUGCUUGACCUUGAAACAACGCAGUCUAGAAACUACAGAGCAAGUGCUGCUGACACAAGGAAUCUUUUCGCCCAGUACUUUUUUAAUGAAGGUGCCAUUGCGUGGCAGUGGGCUC